AUGCGCCUCUUCCUGCUGCCCAUUUCGACGCGUCGCUCGCUCGUUUACUGCGAGAAGCUGCAUGAGAAAGCCCCCAAGGACCGCUCCAUCCUCGACAAGGUCACCCUCAAGGCCAACGAGACCUGGGCCGCCUGGGAAAAGGACGAAAAGGCCGUCGGCAACUGGAAGAAGAAGGUCACCUUCUACGGCAACCACGCGCUGAAGCGCAUUCCCUACGAAGAAUGGGGCCUCAAGACCCUGCCCACGCUGACCGACCGACGCAAGCAAGACAUCAUCGAGGGCAAGGCCAAGCACGAGAUCCUCUUCCCUGGACGCUAUCUCAAGCAGGAGAGAGUGACUGAGAUCCUGACCAAGCUGGCGCAAGAGCGGCAGGGCAUGCACCGCAGCAAGCUGAUAUGGAGCGUCGUCCUCAUGCCCUUCACCGCACCCUUCAUGCUGGUGCCCGUCAUCCCCAACCUGCCGUUCUUUUAUGUCUUGUACCGCGCCUGGUCACAUUGGAAGGCACUCACCGGCUCCAAGUACCUCGAAUUCCUCCUCAAACACAACCAGCCCAAGCCGAACCCUUCAUGGGCCCUUGACGAAGCAUACACGGCCGGUCUCAUGUACCCCACCCGCAAGAUCUCGCGUGCUGCCCCGCGCCCUACCGAAGACGAGGCUGACAAAGUCUCUGGGGUGGUGCAUCAGCAAACCAACAACGAGAGCGAAGAUGUCAUGGUGCUGCAGCGCUGGAACGGCAAGCUGAUCGCCGAGCAGUUUGAUUUGCCAGACAUGGAGGUGGAGAUUGAGCGUGCGGUCGAGCAAGUCGAGAGCUCGAUCGAAAAGAAGGAGAAGCUGAUGGAGCAGAAGAUUGAGCAAGAAAAGGCUACUACGGGCACGCCUGACCAAAGAGCCAAGGAUGCGCUGCCAGAUCACAUUCUUGACAAGAUUCACGAUGAGGCGGAGCUUAUUGCCGAGCGGGCCAAGGAGCCGCACGUCAAGGAGGCGGCAAAACAUUGA